CCAGUACUGAAAAUCUAUAAUAUACGUGAUCUAAAUUACAUUUUCAGUGCUGGCAGUGGCACAUCAUAUCUACAAUAAUCUGCAUUUGACUUACGAAUUGGGUACGCAUGACUCUUUAUGUAUAUAUUUUCCCUAUUUAUUUUUCAUCAAUCUGGGAUUAGGAUUAGACAUUCCAAAUUUCCGGAGCGAUUGUAGCAAUUUUAUUUCGAUGUACUUCCGAUUGUGCGAACUCGUGGCGAAUAAAGUCAACGGAUAAUGAUCUUCACGUGCAUAUGACCCACGGAAGAUUAAAUAAUAAUGCAAUAAUAGUGAUAUACGUAAAUACGUAUCAUUAAAUAAGAAUUUCAAACAAUGGAGCCUGUAUAUCGAGAAACACGGAAUAUUUAAUAAAGUAUUUCCGGCCGGCGUGGCAGUCGCAUUGUUGUAUUCGUAACUUUGUAGCAAUACAGGGUAGAAGAAAUAUGAUAUAAUCACAUCACUGUUGAGAUAUUGAAAUCUAAGCUUAAUCUUUAAUUUAAUUUUUAUUAUCAAAUUUUGAUAUUUGCGGAAUUAUCUGGAUGCAAUAUUUUUUACAACGAAUAACAAUAUAUUUCAAGUUUUGGAGAAGGAUAUUUAACGAUUUUUUGUCUAAUAUAUAAUUAGUUUUCUACAUAAUUUACAACUGUUUACUUGAUACAAUGAAUUUUGACUUGUAUUAUAAGUUAGAUAACGAUGGUUAUUAUAAUUUACACUUUGUAAACACGCAGAAACUGUCUACAAAUGAAAUAAGAAACAUAUUUUCAGCUUUUGGAAGAGUUGUAGGCAUAAAUGGUACUAAGGAUGAAAGUGGAUAUAAAUUUGUUAAGUAUAAAACUUUGAGAGAAACAGAAGACUGUUUAAGGGGUUUGCAUCAUAGUGCUAUACAGUUAUUGCCAGAAAAGAGUAAGCUGCAUGGUUUAAAUAAAAACAUAGAUAAAAGAGAUUUGAACCAAUCGCAGACAACAAGAUCAAAUGAUCAAAAAACAUUUAAUAAUAAUAAGCAAUUUGAUUCAAAUUCCAUUCAUAACAAAAAUGAUAAAGAAAGCUUAACUUCUGAAGAUAAAAGAUUAAAUAGCUCUGUAGGCAGCAAUUAUCAAAAUUUUACCUAUGGACAUAAAUCUAAUCUAAUUCAACAUGAGCAAGAGCUAGAUUCAACAAUACCUAAUGACAGACCGUCAUCUUCAAGACAAACUUUCAUGAAGAACAAUGCUUCAAAUACUACAAUAGAUUAUGAAAAAUAUUAUAGGAUUGGAAAAGAUGGAACUUUUAGUGUACAUUUUCCAGCUAAGGGACUUGAAAUAGAUCAAGUAAAAGAGAUGUUUUCAUACUACGGAAAAGUUUUAUCUGUACAACCUCGUGGAGUAAAUAAUGGACUUAUGUUGGUAAAAUAUAAAACAGAAGAAGAAGUAAAUAGAUGUAUAGAUGGUUUAUGGAAUAGUAAAAUGAUAAACAUAUUACCACAAAAGGAUAAGAUUAAUGAUGAAAGAAAAAAAUCAGAUAAUUUAAAUCCAUGGCAAGAAGCAAAAGUAGAUACUUCAGAACGACAUCCAUCUUCCAUCAACAAAGAAUUUAAUUCAAACAUUCAUAAUAAAAAAUCUUUAGGAAUUAAAGAAAUGCCCAUUUAUAAUCAUACAAAAACUUCUGAAGAAAAUCUUUGGGAUAAUACUGAUAAUUUUUCAGAUACUGGUUCUCGAAGUUCAAGACAGGAUUAUAAAUCUGAUACAAAUAAACAUCACACAGGUUCAUACAUGUCCAGUAACAAAUACUCAUUUAUGAAAUCAAAUUCCAUCCAUAAUGGAAUACAAAAUUCUGAAUGUGAAAUCAGAGAAGAGCAACAAAGAAUUCAACCUUGUUCUUCAAAAUACACUAAUACAGUUAUCAAUACAAGUGAAAAUGCGCAAAUAAAUACAAAUGACAAAAUACCAAUGUUAAUUGCCGAUACAGAAAUGAAAUCGAAAGAUUUGGAUGCAAUGUCUGAUAGCUCAUCGUCGAACGGAAUCAGAAAUUUCUCAUCUAAAAUCUCAAUUAUCCCAAUGCAAGAAAUAAUUGUUGCUAAUAUUCCUGAAGAAUAUGGAGUACAUUAUAUUUUACAUCUGAUCGAGAAAUAUAGUCCAAUUUCAGCAACAUUUGUGAAGACGAUUUCUGAAAGUAACAUACGAUAUUGUCGUGUUUAUUUAAAGAACAUACAAGAUGCAAUAUCCAUUGAAGAAGAAUUUGACAAUUUUGAUUUAGCAGGAAAGAGUCUUAUUGUUUUACGAAAAUCACGGUUAAUAGAUGAAAUUAUAUAUAAAUAGGUUUUUUUUAUUAACAUAAUUAUGUUUUUUUCAUUAGCCUUUUUUCUAUAAAGGU